AUGUCACAAGCUUCAAUGAUCACUAAGUAUAUCUAUAAUCAUUGCUAUCCACUGUUCUUGAUGAGAAAGUUUACAGGUGGGCAGGAAAUACUUCGUCCAGCUCCAACUCGGUUUGCUACUAAUUUCAUUGCUUUGCAAAGUAUUUUAGCUCAAAAGGAUCCUUUGAGAGCUAUGGUGACCUCUAAAGAAUGGACAAGCUCAGCUUACUCCAAAGAAGCCAAAGCUAAGAAAUUUGUGGAUCAAGUCUUGGAUUCUAAAUUUUGGAGUCAAUGCACUGAUAUUGUUAAGCUUACUGAGCCACUUGUUCGUGUUUUACGUAUUGUGGAUAGUGAAGACAGAGUUGCCAUGGAAUUUGAAAAGCACAAACAAACAAUUUCUGGCUUGUUGGAUGUCAUUGAGAAAUAUGCUUAUGAUGAUCCUGUACUGAAUUCUAAGCUGACAAGUGAGAAGAGGAUCUUUAAGAAUGCUGAGCAAGAUUUUAGAAGACCCUCUGCAAUACGUGAACGAACCACUGUUAUGCCAGAUCAAUGGUGGGAAUCUUAUGGUAGUGGAGCACCAAAUUUGCAAAAGUUGGCUAUUCGUGUUUUAAGCCAAACUUGUAGCUUUUCAGGUUGUGAGCGUAACUGGAGUAUUUUUGAACAUAUUCACUCAAAGAAGAGGAAUCGGUUAGAGCAUCAAAAACUUAAUGAUCUUGUUUAUGUUCAUUACAACUUAAGGAACCAAAUGAGAAACCAAGUUUAUGAUCCAAUUUGUCUUGAUGCAUUUGAGGAUCAUUCGGAAUGGAUACUGAAAGAUUCACCACCAUUUUUAACUCCUGAAGAAGUUGAUGCUUUACGAAAUGAUCUUGCAAAUAUGUCUCUUCAAUCACCUUUAGAUGAUUUAGAUCAAUUGGAUUUGGAAGAUGAUCAGGAUGAUGGAGCUAAUAAUUCUAUGGAAAAUGCAAAUCAAAAUGAAACUAAUCAGGAUGUAGCCCCACAUUUGUCAGAUGAAGAGCAACUUGCCGACUUCGAAAUCACUCCUUGGAUUUAG